GUAACAAAUCGAGACGUCGUGCAACUUACACCCGUCACCUCUUCAUCUUCAGCAACCUACUUCAACUCGCUGGCGCCCGCGCUGGCCAUAAUCCAGACUGGCCUCGGCAUUUUUGCCCUCUUCAUCGCCCGUUUCUGCCUUGCGCGCCUCCGUAUAUGGAUGCAGCGUCUUCGCGGCCCUGCUGGCAGGCCAGUGCCCACAAGAACGGACGCCAUCCCGCCGCAUCAUCGGUAUCAACAACAAGCGCACAACAUCAGACUUGUCUGGGCGAUGGACGAAAAGGCUCGCUCGCCUGCCACGGCCGCUGCCCAGGAAGACUCGUCCAACAAUGGCGACCCCAGAGACGAAGAGUCGACGGGCGGAAGGCUAGUCAUUGGCCUGAAUUGGUCGUCGAACAACAACACAGACAUCACUGGGGGCGAUUCCUCCAUGCGUAGACCACUCAUGUCGCAUCCACCUCCUGCACCGCCUCUGACGCCCCCCGAACUGAGCACGGCUGUCUUCACCUUUGAGGACCAUCCGCGACCAGGCGGCGACAGCUUCAUGCGCCAGCCCAAUCCUGACUACAUCUCAUCCACCACGGGGUCUGAGCUGCCCCCCAGCUCGAAUGUGUCAUCGCCGCCCAUGCCACGCCGUCGCUCCUACAAGAAGACACUUCCCAUCGGCGGUCUCGUCCCUCAGACAUCGCCAGCAGGCGCAGCUGCCGCAUCGGAUGCUGCCGAUCUUACAUUCUCGCCCAGUUCCUACCCACCCACCAGCCCGUUGCUGCCCCCGGCCCCACCACAGGCAGAGGCUAACGACAUCAACGUCAAGGGAGAGAUUAUUGGGGUCUUUGACGGCGAGGGAGCGGGAUGGAUUAGACACACUCGUGUCUACGGUGGUGGUGUCUGUCUGGCUUGCGCAGCCUUGGGUGGCAAUCAUGGGGGCGGUUUCUACGGAGCAACGGUACGACCUGAGGAGAUGCGAUGA